AUGUCUCUUUCAGCACCCAGCACGGACGCCCAAGUCCUCAUCGAUCUAGAAGCCAGCCCGGAGCAAACCUUCCGCACUUUCACCGCCGAUACAGCUUGGACACUUGGAAACGCCAUCCGCACCCGCAUUCUAUCCCUCCCCGACGGACAACGCAAGCCCGCCUUGAUCUCCAUCGCCUUGGCCACUGCCCCAAGCGCCGGUGGCUCCCUGCACACACUCUUCCAGUCCGUCACAGAAAGCGGAACCAUCCUCGAUAAUGAGAACUGGGUGCGGCGGAAGCGGAACACCGUCCUACGGUGGGGCGUGUCCAGCUGGACGAUGCGGCAAAAGGUUGCCUCGGGACUUGGAUUUGCUACGAGCGCCGAAGCGAUUGAGGGUUCAUUUGUGAAGAAGUUUGCUCUUGCGAGUGGCAAUGGCGGAGCUGUUGCAGAUGACUACGCUAUCCAUGGUGGUGGAUAUCCUAUCCGUGUGCGUGGGGUUGAUGCCAUUGUGGCCGUUGUGGUUGUUAGUGGAUUGAAGCAGGAGGAUGAUCACCAGGUUGUGGUGGAGACGAUUAACGAGCUUGUUGCGCGGGGAAAUUAG